UCUUUUAUUAUGACGUGAUGCUACUUGACAAUAACACUGUGUGAUAGAGGAAGCUCUCCGCUAGUAAAUUUAUCAUCUUUCUAGCUAAAAGGCUUUCACACACGAACGAACGAACAUUCUCGGAUCUGAGAUCUUUGGAUCCCAACAUCGUCGAUUCAAGGACUAAAGAAAAGCUUUGAGUCAUGUCAAGAAGGCAAGUAGGUUCGACGAGGCGUGUGGGAGAUAGUGGAAGCUUCCCUUUUGUAGGAGCUUUGCACUCAAAGUCACGCUCAUCUCCUCUCUUAUCUAUUUGCCUUGUUCUCGUGGGAGCAUGCCUUCUCAUUGGUUAUGCUUUCAGUGGUCCAGGUAUGUUUAAAAGUAUCAGAGAAGUCAGCAAGAUCACAGGUGACUAUUCUUCUUGCACAUCGGAAGUUCAGAGAGCCAUUCCUCUUCUCAAGAUUGCGUACGGAGAUAGCAUGCGGAAAGUCUUGCACGUGGGUCCUGAGACAUGCUCUGUGGUUUCCACUCUGUUGAAGGAGGAAGAGACUGAAGCAUGGGGUGUUGAGCCGUACGAUGUAGAGGAUGCAGACUCUCACUGCAAAAGUCUUUUGCAUAAAGGCCUUGUGCGUGUUGCUGACAUCAAGUUCCCUCUCCCUUACCGGUCAAAGUCGUUUUCUCUUGUCAUCGUCUCGGAUGCUCUGGACUACCUCUCACCCAAGUAUUUGAACAAGACCGUUCCUGAACUUGCACGUGUUGCUUCAGAUGGUCUCCUUCUCUUUGCAGGUAAUCCUGGUAAGCAAAAGGCUAAAGUUGCAGAGUUGUCGAAGUUUGGACGACCAGCUAAAAUGCGUAGCUCGUCGUGGUGGAACCGUUUCUUCUCACAGACGAAUCUAGAGGAAAACGAAGCAGCGAGCAAGAAAUUCGAAAAAGCAGCUUCCAAGAUUUCAUACACACCAGCUUGUCAAGUCUUCCACCUCAAACCAUUACAUUAGAACAUUAUUGUUAUUACUGGUCUUGAAAAAGCAUCAGACCAGAUAUGUCUCCUCUAUGUUAUAUGCCUUAUUCCCUCUAUAGAAAGAAACACAAAGUUCCACAGAGUUGUAACAGUCUCAACAAUUUAAUAAGUUAGCCUGCAUUUGUUUCAUUUAAGCUAUGACAUUAUCAGAUAAUCAAGUUUAUCAAAAUCAAUUAUGAAUAUUA